GAACGCAGUUGUAAAAAAACAAAACAUUUUUUAAAAAAUUUGAAUUUCUAAACAAACAGAUUAAAUUAAAGCGGUCAGACGGUUGAAAAAAGUUCAGUGGGAUACACGAGCCCAUUAACCUUCCACCCGUGUAACACCUGUGAUAGCGUGAUAAAAAAUGGUGUGUUGCUUUCUCUUAAACAGGAAUAACGCUUUGAAAUUUACCGUUCCUCCCGUACACGAUGAGCAAGUUACACUGAAACCCAUUUACAAGGAUGCUAGUCUUUCUUUUAUCCCUUGUUAUUCUCUCGCUAGUUAUUUUUUACAUAUUAUAUUGUUAUUUCGUCGAGGUGAAAGUUGGUCCCCCGCCAAUAAAGGAACUCGUUUUAGCCUAUAAGAUAAUCAAGUUGUGUUAUUGUGGACCGGAGCAAUCUUCUAAAUUGGAAUUCGCCCAAGGGCUGAUACUCGAUGAAAACUGGAAGAAGGAUCAAGUACUUUUGGGAAAUUUAAUUAACAGCGACUUGUCUUUCUUCAAGACCCCUGAGAUUUCCAACGCUCUAUAUUCUGAAUAUUUCAUCAUACCAUGGCUACCGAUAACCAUUUGGAUUGCUGUAGCGUUAGCGUACCGUAAACAUUACAAAUUUUGCGAGAAUUACAACUUAUGUGGCUAUCCAAUCCUUGAGAUAUACGCAGAUUGCAAGCUAUUGAUUUUCAUACCGUUGCUCCAGCAGGAUGAUUUUGUUGUUUUGGAGGCUGAGAGAAUCGUGUACGGACGUAAUACAUCAGCAAUGCUUAUGCCUCUUACGAGAGCUCCUUUAGCUGUUAACGAUUCUAUUAACAAGGUGAAGACUAUCAAACGUAAAUCAGCUAAAAUCCCAAAAUCGCCCAGAGAUAAUAAAGGAUAAAGAAUGUUGUUUGAACUAUUUUGUACUUAUAAAUUCUGUUGGUGUUCAAAAUUAUGAAGUCUAAAACUACUUUGUGAGAUAACACUAAAGUACUGAUGCUCGAGGAAUCUUAAAUAGGUUGACAACUCUUUUAAAUAUGCAUCCUUUGCUAGCCUUGUAUUAAUUUAUUGAGUUAAAUAUUUAUUGUCCAAACAUAUUGUUAUUAGUUCCUUAAACAUGUGACUUUUUUAACAUUACUAAAAAUAAGCAAAAGAGUAAUUAUUAUUAAAUACAAACUGAUUAUAUUAUAGAUCCAAAAAUUAUGUUUUGCUCAAUCUAUUUCUUAGCAUCAAUAGGCUGAUUUAAUUGUGAACUUUUUUUAAAUGUAUAUUUUUUGUGUGUUAAGACAAUUAUUUUAAGGAAAAUUGUUAAUAUUUAUUUGUAAAAAUGUACAUUUAUUAGAUUUGUUUCUUGCAUAAUGGCUCUCAGCUUUGGUAGAUGUAUCACUGAAUGGUUA